AUGGACUGCUCAGUGAAUAGUUCUGCGAAUAGUUCUGACCCUGAAGUUGAAUACGAACCGCUGUCGUUAAAAUGGGUGCAACAAACAUAUGGUUUGCCAAAGCCUCCUGACAAAUCAACUGAAUCCCAGCAGAAAUCUGUGAAGUCCAAAGCGAAUAAAAAAAUAGAGUUGGAGCUAAAAGAUAUGUCUGACCAAUCACAGUUAGACUCCAUAUUGGAACCGACAGCAAAUGUUCAAGGUUAUCAUUUAAAACGCUUGAAGAAUAUGCGGCAAGAAUUUGAGCACAUCAAGAAAUUGGGCAGAGGAAAUUUCAAAAUUAGAGACCUGGAGAUAUUGAUAAAAAAAUGGUUUUUGGAAUUGGAUCGAAUAACAGAAUCCCAAAACCUUCAAGCAGAGCUUCUGGAAGAAAACAUUAGAGAUCUUUAUCAGCUGUAUCUAAAGAACCUUGAGAACGAAAAGCAGGUUGUGGAACAAUAUAGGAGAACGGUUGUAUUAUUGAACAAAAGAUUGGACCGAAAAACCAGAAUAAUAGCUAAACUCCGAGAAGAUAAGAUGAUGCUUCAGCAAUGGAUUUCAUCAACAUACAAAGCAAUAUCGAUCUUCACCAAAGAUGCAGAGAGUUCAUACUCGUUUGGAAUAGACCAUGUUGUUAAAGUCUCUAGGAAACCCAGUAUGCCGAAGAUUCGCAAUAUACAAACGCAUCUAUUGUACUUACUUCAAAAAUAUCUUUCCUCUACUGAGAAGAUGGACGAUGAAUAA